AUGAAUACAAAACGUUUGGGCGGAGAGAUGCGUAUGAUUGGCUUUCGUUGUGCUUCUGAUAGGGGUAAAAGAGGUGGAACAUAUGUACGGAAUGACUUAACACCUGAAGAAGAGGCUAAGGACGACCAGCUUUGGGAGAAGCUCCAAUCUCACAACGAUUUCCUUGCCCGCCGUAUGGAAUCCCUCUGUUCUAGCGCCUAUCAAGAAAACCAAUCCAUCAUGUGUGACUACGGAAUCCCCAAUUGGAGUCAGGAGGAAUGGUCAGAAAUGAGGAAGGAGGAGGAUGUGGAGUAUAAGUUUGCCUCAAAUGUCUCAGUCACAUUCGACAAUUUUUACAACAAAGCUCAUCAAGAUGAGGGUGAUCUCAACGGCUGGACCUACGACACCCUUAUCUCAUUGACUUUGUACAUUCGAAUGGUAUUGUAG